UCGUUCUACUGCAGUUAGUGCUAGACGGUUUGCAAGUGAGGUUUGUGCGCGCGUGAUCUGUUUCUAUUCGGUACUGUUCCGAUGUGUAUAUUUUUGCAAUAUAAGUGAAAUAGUGAGUUGAAGCUUAUUUGUUGAGAAGUUUAUUUAUCUGAUCGUAGUGAGUAAUGAAAAGUGAUAUCUAAGAGUAAAGCAACUUCAAAGUAUCUCGACGAAUGUUUAGCGUUUCGUGAUUUUGAAACAGAAGCUUUGAUACAAUGGCUAGCUACUUCGAAAUUUGUCUCGUUUGCGGCAUUAUUCUCCUGCCCAUUUUCUAUGAAACGUCUCAUACAUUCCGGUACUACUUUAAGUUCUUCGUGUUGUACCUUGGUGUCAUCAUCAAUGCCAUGAUAUUGAUCCCGGCGAUGAGUUUCCGACCGAGGAAUGUACGCAACUUGGUAUGGGGAGGAACACUUUGUAAGCGCCUAUCCCCACUAAUAGGCAUGAAAUGGGAGCUACGAGGAGCGGAUAUCCUGUCGCGUGAUGAAGCUUACGUCAUUGUUGCCAAUCAUCAAAGUUCGUUGGAUGUUUUAGGAAUGUUUGACUUCUGGCACGUUAUGGACAAGUGUACGGUUAUAGCCAAAAAGGAGUUACUCUACACCGGACCCUUCGGCAUCGGUGCUUGGCUUGGCGGUCUAAUCUUUAUCGAUCGCAAAAAUGCGGAAAAAGCUCACUCGGCAAUGAACGACUGUACGGAUAUGCUGAAGGAGAAACGCGUCAAACUGUGGGUAUUUCCGGAGGGUACCAGAAGGAACACCAACGAGAUCCACGAGUUCAAAAAGGGAGCCUUCCACGUAGCCGUUCGUGCCCAGUUACCGAUUAUGCCGGUGGUGUACAGUUCGUACGGCAUGUUUCUCGACGACAGAGCUAAAAUUCUUAACAACGGACACGUCAUCGUGACCACCCUAGAACCGAUCGAAACCAAGGGUUUAACUGCUGAGGACAUACCGGCACUGGUAGACCGGGUCCGAGGCAUAAUGCUAGAAACGUUCCGGGCUACCACGAAGGAAGUUGAAAGCCGGUACAAUGUGAACGGAAAUGUUUCGUUGAGCAGUGCUAAGCUGAGGCUUCGUUGUAUCGAUGAUUUCAUCAGGCCAAAAUUGCCAACUGCCAACAAAAACUCGCCCGCUAGGCAGAGCGGAACCGAACAGAGGAAGGGUUAAUUUAUUUUAAAGCUUGGAAGUGUGAUAUUUUUUGUUCUGAGUGAGUGUUUCCUCCAGGAGAGAAACGCAGCAUUCCUUUGAAACCGAAAAAAAGACUAGAUCGAUAGGGAAAAACAAACGGUAUCCUAAACAGAGCCUAGGGCAACGCUUGUAAGACGCAAUUUUCGUUUUAGUACAUACUUAUUCCUUAAGCUUUGUAAAGAUUUUUAUAUUAAUAUGCACGCAUAUGGGAACGAAUUGAGUGUUUAGAAUUUGAAUAAUAGGCUAUUUCUGGGCACUACUCUUUUAUAUAAAUCACUAAACAGUCCAACCAUUCGAUGGAUUUUGAAUUAUUUUUUAUCAAUAAAUCUUUGUUGUUAAAGAUUGAUCCAGAUCGAAAAAAACUUUUCCAUGUAAAAUUGAGGCAAAUCUUGUAAAGUGCACCUAUCGAAAUAUACUAAAAAAGUCCAUUUGUGAUAAGUCACAAGCAACAACUAGAACAAGGCUAGACUUUCAAAACAAACAUCCAAGACCAUAAACCAACGCUGUUAUCGAAUACUCAAGUAAAAAGCCGUGAAGAAAUGUUUUUUUUUCUGUAAAGUAAAUAGUAUGCUUUUCCAUACUGAAAAUUAUUUAAUUUUAUGUUUAUGGCGAAUCGACUUCCUGGUGAAGAGCCAAAAACCGUUGCAAUUAGAUUGUUCUCACGUAAGCGAUCCAACUGUGAAAAUGAUAUUUUGAUUUUAAUGAUUGAAAAUGAGAUUAAUGAUGUGUCAUAUGUAUACCUGUGAAAUAUUCGUAAAAUAAUUCCUCUAUUCUGUAUUAUAACCUUGUAUUCAAUAAAAUAACAUUCCUUGAAAA